AUGACUUCUUCAAUCUCAUUUGCACUUCUCUUAUUUCUCCUUUCACUUAAUCCAACUCCAUUAUUUGCUUCUAACCGCAACAACUACGUUCAAAACGCGUGUAGCGCUACCCACUACCAAAAUCUCUGCCUUAAAACGCUUUCGCCGUUUUCAUCAGUCGCCAAGAACAGUCCAAGCAAAUGGGCACGUGCCGGAGUUUCGGUUGCUAUAUCAGACAACAAAGACAUCCUUAGAUACCUUCUCAUAACGCGGCGUUCGGCGUUAGGGAAACGCGACCGUGUCGCUUUGUCGGAUUGUCGAGAGUUGCUUCAAGACUCUCUUGACAACCUCCACAAGUCCUUAGCCGUACUCCGGACACUUAGAGCCAGCGAGUUUCAGCAGCAAAUGAGUGAUCUCGCCACGUGGCUUAGCUCUGCCCUAACGGAUAAGGACACGUGUCUUGAUGGGUUUGAAAAGACGUCGACGACGAAGUCAUCAACGGUGAGGAUGAUCCGGGAGAGAGUCACGAGGUCUAUGUAUUUGUCAAGCAAUUCACUCGCACUCCUUAACAAGCUAAUGGCUAAUGGUUUGUAA